AUGGAAGGUGCAAAUAAAUGUGUUAUAGGAACAAAGAUAUUUAUCAGAGACAAAAAUAAAGUAUGGGCUAGUGCUGAGAUUAUAAAUGAAGAUGAAGAUAAUAUUAUUGUAAAAACUGAAGAUGAUGAUAUAAUAAAAUUAAAAGAAACUGAUGAAUUUUAUCUUCGAAAUUUAGAUUUAUUUGAUUCGAGUGGAUUAUCUGCUCCCUCAGAUCUAACAAAGUUAACCCACUUACAUGAAGCUUCCAUAUUACAUAGUUUAAAUGUUCGUUUUGAUAUUGAUGAGAUAUAUACAUUUACAGGUCCCAUAUUAAUAGCUGUAAAUCCUUUUAAGAUUAUAAAAGAUUUAUAUUCUGAUAACAUGCUAGCUAAACAUGUUCAGCCUAUAAAAUCUAAAAGUCCUCACAUAUUCGCUACUUCUAAUAGUGCUUAUUUAGGUAUGUGUAAUAAUAAUAAAUCACAGACAAUAUUAAUAAGUGGUGAAUCAGGUGCUGGAAAAACAGAAUCAACAAAAUAUGUAAUGAAAUUUUUAGCAUGUGCAGGCUCAGAUAUAAAAAAAAGAUCUUUAAUAGAAUCACAAGUAUUAGAAAGUAAUCCUCUUUUAGAAGCAUUCGGUAAUGCAAGAACUUUAAGAAAUAAUAAUUCUAGUAGAUUUGGAAAAUAUAUUGAAUUACAAUUUUCAGUUGAUCAUAAAAAUUAUAUUAAAGGCAAAUUAUGUGGUGCCAAAAUUUUAACUUAUUUAUUAGAAAAAGUUCGUGUGUGUGAUCAACAAGAAGGAGAAAGAAAUUAUCAUAUUUUUUAUCAACUCUGUAAAGCUGUAAAAGAAGCCAAUCAUGUAAAUAAUUCAACUAUUAAUAAUAAUGAAAGUGAAAAUGUUCAAAAAUAUACUACUCAUACUUGUGAUGAACAUAUAAAUAAUGAUAUUUCAAAAAAAAAUAAUAUUUAUAAGGAAGAUAAAAAAAUAUGGUAUCAAUUUCCAAGUACAAGCAAAUUUAAAAAUUUACAAAAUGUAGAACCCAUGAAAAUAGAUUUUACAGAUUUUAAAGAACAUGUACAUUUUAGAUACUUAACAAAGUCUAGUGUAUAUGAAUUAAAUGAAGUUAAUGAAUUAGAAGAAUUCGAAUCAACUGUUCAUGCUAUGCAAACUAUUGGUAUUAGUAAUACAGAACAAUAUCAAAUAUUUAAAAUUUUAGAAGGUAUAUUAUAUAUAGGAAAUAUUUUAUUUAAUAAUGAUGAUACAAAAGAAGAAGCUACUAUAUUAGAAGUAUCUAAUGAUGAUUUAAAAAAAGCAGCAUAUUUUUUAGAUGUUGAUGAAAAUGAUUUAAUAAAUUCUUUAUGUUAUAAAACGAUAAUAGCAAAUAAUGAACAUUACAAGAAACCUGUGAAUUCAAAUAUAGCUAAUGAUAUUAGAGAUGCAUUAGCUAGAGCUAUAUAUGGAUGCUUAUUUUUAAAAGUUGUUGAAAGAACAAAUCAAUCUAUAGGAUAUAUAAAAGAUUUAAAUUUAUUUUGUGGUGUUCUAGAUAUAUUCGGUUUUGAAUCAUUUCCAAUUAAUUCAUUUGAACAAUUAUGUAUUAAUUAUACAAAUGAAUGUUUACAACAAUUUUUUAAUAACUUUAUAUUUAAAUGUGAAGAAAAAUUAUAUAUGGAGGAAGGAAUUCUAUGGGAUCCAUUAGAUUUCCCAGAUAAUAAAGAUUGUGUAGAUAUAUUAGAAUCGAAACCUUAUGGUGUAUUUUGUAUGCUCGAUGAAGAAUGUUAUAUACCAUCAGGUAAGGAUAAAAGUUUUUGUAGCAAAAUUAUAAGUAAACACACAUCAAAUAGUAAUAGUAAUAGUAAUAAUAAUAAUAAUAAUAAUAAUAAUAAUAAUAACAAGUCGAAUAAAAGAUUUAAAUCUAUCAAAACAGAUUCUAGUAGUUUUAUUAUUGUACAUUUUGCUGGUGAAGUUGUUUAUAAUUCUACUGGUUUUCUUGAAAAAAAUAAGGAUCAAUUAUCAUUAGAUGCACAAAAAUUAUUGUUACAUAGUAAGAAUGAAUAUGUAUCACAUCUUUUUCAAACCUAUUUAAGAAGAAAUACAGAUAAAAGGAAAUUUGUUACCGUUUCUAGCGAAUUUAAAGAACAACUCAAUUUAUUAAUGACAAGAAUAAAAGAAACAGAACCACAUUUUAUUAGAUGUAUAAAACCAAAUUCGCAGAACGUACCAGAUGUAUUUGAUAGAAUAUCAGUAAAUGAACAAUUAAAAUAUGGAGGUGUUCUACAAGCUAUAAAAGUAAGUCGUGCAGGUUAUCCAGUUAGAUUAUCUCAUGCAGAGUGUGUUCAAGAUUAUAAAAUUCUUUUAAAUAAAGAAGACAGAAACAAAUUAGAAAUGUAUAAUAAGGAUAACAAACCAUGGUCUUAUAAGGCUAAUUUUAUACUAUCCAAGUUGUAUGUAACUCAAGCGAUACAAGAAUAUAUAAAUAAUCUAAAGUUGUUGAAGGACAAGAAAAAAGAAGAGGAAAAUAAAUUUUUUGGAAAGCUUUCUUCAAAGAAGAAAAGGGUGCAACAUAAAACUAAUGCGCUGAAUGGUGUGUUAAGUGGUAAUGUAGGAGUUGAUAAUAAUGAUAUAAAUAUAAAAGAUGAUACAAAUGUGAAAGGUGAUACAACUGUGAAAGGUGACGUGAAUAUAAAUGAUGACAUAAAUAUAAAUGAUGACAUAAAUAUAAAUGAUGACAUAAAUAUAAAUGAUGACACAAAUAUAAAUGAUGACACGAAUAAUAAUAUUGAAAAGCCUCCCUGUUGUCAUCCUAAUGAGAUAGACGACGAAAAAAACAAUUUGUUCAUAUGGUCUGUAGGUAAAAAUUUAUGCUUCUUUAAAAGUGAUGCAUAUAAUAUUUUAUCAACCCUAAGAAGUGAUCUUCGUAGUUUAAAGGCCAUUGUUAUUCAAAAGAAUUAUAAGGCAUAUAGAGAAAAAAAAUUAUACAUAUUAAUGAAAAAAAAAAUUGUGAUUAUACAACGAUGGUUUAGAAAUCGAUUAGAUAUUAUAAGAAAAGAGAAAUUAAAAAGACAAGAAGCCGAAAAGUUAAUUUGUUCUCAUAUAUAUACAUAUAUAAUUAGAAAGAGAUUUUUAUAUAAAAGAAAUUGUUGUAUUCUUAUACAGUCACAUAUAAGAAAAUAUUUAAUGGUAAGAUUUUAUAAAACAUAUAGACAGAAUUAUUAUGCAAGUAAAAUACAAGCAACAUGGAAAGCUUACAAAGAACAUACAUUUUAUAAAAAAUUAUUGAAAGCUACUAAAAAAAUACAAUUAAAAUGGAAGGGCAUAUUAGCUAGAAAACAAUUGAGAAGAUUAAAAAUGGAAUCUAAAGAAGUGGGUUCUUUAUUAUCAAGAAAUCAAGUAUUAAUGAAUGAAUUAAAAAAAGAAAAAAGUGAAAAAAUAGAAAUAGAAAGUAAACUAUUAAAAGCAUCUGCAAAAAUUGAUAAGUUGAUUAAAAAAAUUGAUAAUCUAGAAAAAGAUAAUAAAAAUAAUGAAAAAGUAAUAAAGGAAUUGUUACAUAAGGUUUCUUUAUUAUCUCAUAAACAAUCUAAUGAUUAUAUAUCAUCUAAACAUGUAUCUAAAAAAAAUGAAAAUAUUAAAUUGAAAAAAAAUAAUAAAGAAAUUAAUAAGGAUAUUAUGAUUCCUUUAAAGAGGGAAGAUACAGCACAUGUUGAUAGUGCAGAAAUUUUUAGUGUCAAACGUAAUGAUAUUCAUGAUGAUCAUAAUGAUGUGCGUAAUAGUUUUAGCACUGAUACUAACUUAACAUAUUAUAUAAAUAAUAAUAAUAAUAUGAUUAAUAAUAAUGAUGAUAAUAUGAUUAAUAAUAAUGAUGAUGAUAAUUGUAAGGAUAAUAAUUUGAUAUAUACAGAAGAAAGAACAGAAGACCAAAAAAUAAGGAAUACAAUAAAAAAUGAAGAGAAUGAAGAAAGAUGUAGUUUAUUAAAUAAAAUAAAAAAGUUAGAAAUUCAAAAUAAAGAAUAUAUAAAACAAAAUGUAACAUUAAAUGAUAAAUAUAAUAAAUUAAUAAGUUUCUUAAGACAAAUUAAAGAUACCAAUGGUAAUGUAUAUAAUGAUAUUAUAAAUAAUAAUAAUAUGAAUAAUUAUCAUAAUAAUGGUAUAUCAAAUAAGUUAUUAAAUAAUAAUUAUUGUAAUAAUAAAUAUUUUAAAAAUUUUAUGAAUUUUUCUAGUUAUAAUAGUAAUCCUUUAAUAGACUCUAAAAUUGAGAAUAACCUAAAUUAUGAUAAUAAGAGUUCUUUUAAAAAAAAUGAUGGAAUUGUAGAUAUUCUUGUAUGUGGACCACGGAAUGUAGGGAAGACUAGUUUGAUAGAAGAUUUAUUUGUACGUUUAGGAGAUGAAGAUAAUUUAGGUUUAUUAAGAAAAAAUAAAAAGGUUGUAAAUAAUGAUUUAAGUUGUCAUAAUUAUUACAAUACAUAUAUUAUAACACAUAAAUGUUCACAAAUAAAAAUUGUAGAUUGUGGAUAUUCUUCGAAUAAAAAUGUUGAAGAAUCCUUAUUUAAUUAUAUAAAAAAUUCUAUAUGUAUUAUAAUAGUAUUUGAUGCUACAAAUAAAGAAUCAAUAAAUCCAGCAGUACAUUUAUUACAAGAAGCUUCAUUAAUUAAUGUAAAGAAAACAACUAAAUUAUUUUUAUUUGAAAAUAUAUUUAAUGAAAAAAUUAAUUUAAAUCAUAAUAUAAAUGAUGUAUCCUAUGCUGUACGUGUAGCUAAAGCAUGUAAUGCAUUUUAUAUAAAAGCAUUAGAUAUAUAUGAUAUAGUUAAUAAUUAUGCCAAUGAAAUAACAUUACAUUCUAAUUAUUUCUUGGAUAAUUCUCAUAAUAAUUAUAAUUAUCUUACAUCUGUUUAUAAUAAUCAAUAUGGUCAUCAACAUAAUAAUAAUAAUAUUAAGGAUAAAGAUAAAUAUGCUAACGAAUCAGCAUACCUUAAUCAUAUAAACAAAAUUAAAAAGAAAACUCACAGUUUUAUGUCUUUAUAUCAUGAAGAAUCAUUUAAAGAUAGUGACGACGCUGUGUUAUCAUCUUUUUUAAAUAAAUCCAACGAUGUAAUAAAAUCUAAACGAGUAGACCUAAACAAAAAUAAAUAUUAUCAAAAUAUUACUAGUAGUAGUAGCAAUAAUAAUAAUAAUAAUAAUAAUAUUUAUUCAGUUGUGAAUACUAUAAAAGCUAUAUGUGGCAUUCAGAAUAACAAUAAGAAGAAUCAACACUUACAAUUGUUGAGGGAAUCAAUGCCUUUAAACAAUUAUGUAUAUGGUAAUAAAAAAUAUAAUUCAGAUCUUGGAAGAGGUUUACAACCAGUGUAUGAAAUAACUCUUAAAGGGAAUACACCUAUAACAUAUUUGUGUAUGGGUCAAGAUAAUGUGAAUAAAAAUUAUAUAUUAUUAUCUGUAGGAUGUAAGGAUGGUGUUAUAUAUAUAUAUAAGUGUUUUAGAACAAGUUUAGAGUUAAAAAAUGAUUACUUUUAUUAUUACAAUGAUGAUAGUAGUAUAUACAACAGUAAUAAUAAUAAUAAUCAUAAUCAUAAUAAUAAUCAUAAUAAUAAUAAUAAUAAUAAUAAUGUGGGGAAUAAUAUGGAUAACAUGAAUAUACAAAAUAAUGAUAAUAAUAAUAUUGUUGGGUGUGAAGAGAGUGGGAAGAAAAACAGCAUUAUAUCAUUAAAGAAUGAUAGUUAUAAUACAUAUGAUGAAAAUAGCACAUGUACAAAAUUAUUAUCCAAAUUAUCAGGUCAUAAAAGGGCAAUAACAUGUUUAGUUUUUUCCUUUUCAGAAGAUAAAAUAAUAUCAUCAUCAAUAGAUAAAACAAUAAAAAUAUGGGAAGUAUCUACCGGUUUUUUAUUAAAAGUAUUUUCUGAUUCUUCAGCAACAUUAUCUGUAUUAUUAUUUCCAACUAAUCUAGAUAUUUUUUUAUGUUCCAACUGUACAUCUUUAUUACGAAUAGUAAAUUUAAACAGUGGUCAAGUAUAUCAAAAAGUUAAAGUCGAGAGUGAGAUAAGAGCACUUGAAAUGGAUGAUACUUGUUUAAAUAUAUUUGCAGGUUCAAAAAAUGGAACAAUAUAUGUAUUAGAAGUUAUAUAUAAUGAAAGAGUAGAAAUAAAAUUUCGUUUCCUUUUUUCUUUAUCACCAAUAACAUGUAUAAAGUUUAUACCAAGACAUUCAAUUAAAACAUCUCCAGGAAUUAUUGUAAAUUCAUGUGAUAAUCAUAUAGGUAUUAUAGAAUGUAUAUAUGGAAACAAAGGAAUAUUAACAACAUUAUCUGUCAAACAUAGAAUACGAAUAAAUCAUGCAUUGCUUCCUAUACGCAAUUGUUAUUCAAAAUAUGGAGGAGGAUGGGUGGUGUCAGGUUCAGAGGACGGAAACAUAUAUAUUUGUUCUUUAUUACCUCAAUCGAAUUAUAAGUUGAUCUUUUUAAAGCACCACAAGGCACCCGUAAUGGCUGUUGUUGUUAAUAGCAUUGAUACUUUAAUGGUUUCAGCAGAUUCAAAAGGAAACAUAGUUUUUUGGCGUAGAUCCUUUGUAUAA